GGCUUUAUAAAGAAAAGUGAAACAGGUACCAGCUGCAUACUUGAAUCAAGAAGGCACGAACAUGAAGGCAUAUUUCGUGAGUAGUUUGGUACUCGUUUGCAGUAUCGGCGGUUGGUCGCUGUUUAACAAUGUCGUAGACGGUGCAAGUUGUACGGGAAACAAGGGAUAUCUUGCAAGUACUGCAAAUCUCAACUCAGAGGUAGGAAUGUACGAUGACGAAGGUAAUGUUGUUCCAAUAAAGAAUAAGGAUUUGGACAUCGCGGAACCAAAGGCAGUACCUUUGGAACAAGUAGCCAAAGGUGUAAUAUUCUACCUGUAUACGAGAUCGACUGUUAAUAAUCCUGACGUUUUGGUUGUAAAUGACGUCGAGAGACUGAAAAAGAGCCAGUUCUCAAUAUCGAGACCAACGAAAUUCAUCAUACACGGAUGGUUAGGUUCCAGACAAUCCAGACCUCUCAUUGGGCUUCGUGAUGCUUUACUUCAAAACGGAGACUUCAACGUCAUCUUGGUGGACUGGGGUCUAAUGGCGAGAUCACCAUACCGUAUUGCCUCUACCUGCGUAGUAGGAGUUGCCAAGCAGGUCACUUCAAUGAUUGAUUUCCUUGAGACUCAAGGAAUGGAUGUGUCUCCGUUGAUGUUAAUCGGUCAUUCUCUGGGCGCUCACGUUGUCGGACUGGCGGCCCGUCACGCGAAAACCAAACCGAAAUUCGUUAUCGGUUUGGACCCGGCUCUGCCAUACUUCUCGAUCGCCAACACGGAGAACAGAAUUGCCCGUGGUGAUGGACACUACGUACUAAUUCUCCACACGAACAGUGGUGUUCUUGGUUUCGACUUGCCGCUCGGUGACGCCGACUUUUACUUCAACGGUGGCACCGUGCAAAGAGGCUGUGAGGUCGAUCCCACGAGCGCCUGUUCCCACUUCCGCGCUACUCUCUUCUACGCAGAGGCUCUUAACAGCGCGAACGGCUUCUGGGGUACCAAAUGCGACAACUACAAUAAUUACAGAGCAGGUAGAUGCACAGAGCCCAAAGUUCUUAUGGGCGGUAUCGAACCGGACACCAGCAUCACCGGCGUGUACUACUUGGACACGACUGCAGUCUCUCCAUAUGCUUUAGGACGUUAGACCGCUCACGAUAGGUAAACGUAGUGUUCUUCUUCUCGUAAACCGAAGACAAUAGUUCGCGUUGUAGUAAUGAUAUUAGGCUUUGCAAAGAAGGAACUCGAUAAGAACGAGAUUCACAGACAGACAACGAUAAAUUAUUGCGUAGCUUUUUAUCCCCCACCACUAUUCCACCUCGAUGUUUUUUAAUUGUGUCCUACAAAUUACCAGCAAUCGAAUGAAAAGAAAUAAAGAAAUAAAAAAUC